GACUUUGGAUGGACGCACAAGGCCAAGUGGAUCGACCACAUGGUCGUCGCCGGCGCCAAGGACGCCCCGCCCGUGACGGACGUCAACGACGACCUCGCGAGGGAGACGCACUUUUACGAGCAAGCGCUCGGGUCGGCGAACGAAGCCAUCCGCAGGCUGAAGGAACUCGGCGUGCCCGUGAAACGCCCGCACGAUUACUACGCGGAGAUGGUCAAGUCCGACGAGCACAUGAAGCGGGUGCGCGCGGAGCUCAUAUUCGAGCAGACGGCGCAGGAGACGCGCGAGGAGAGGCGCAAGGCGCGGGAGCAGAAGAGAUACGGGAAGCAGGUGCAGGCGGAGAAGCUCAAGGAGCGCACGCUCAAGAAGAAGGAGUCCAUCAAGAACCUGGACAAGUGGAGGAAGCAACGAAAGCAGAACAACUACGCGGAGGAGGGUGCAAAGGCGCCGGAGGGCUUCGAGGAUGGGUUCAGGAGCAAGGAUUCGCCCAAGGGAAGGAAGCGGUCCACGCAGGAGACUCGGCAGAAGCGGGAGUUCAAAAACGAAAAGUUUGGGUUUGGCGGCCGCAAG